AUGGCAUCUCUAUCAACCGAACAGGCCGACGCCUAUCUCGAUCGCAUCUCUCUCCCGCUAGCCGCCAGGGCUUUGCUUCGGGAGGGACCCAAAGGAGACAGAGCACUUGAAGCAGUAACCGCGCUGCAGCAGUAUCAUAUCGCUUCCGUUCCUUUCGAGAACCUUGACUUGCACUACUCUUCCCACCGCUCCCUUCCGCUACAAGCCGAUGCCGUCUAUGAGACGGUGGUUAAACGUCAGAGGGGCGGCACAUGCCCCCAAGUCCACCGCCUCUUCUCUCAACUACUCCGAUCGUUUGGCUUUUCUGUUUAUUGUACAGGCGGUCGCCUUAACGCGCCUGCAAGCCCAGCAGCAGCCGUGACUGUCGAUAAAACAAAGGUUGCCUACGGACCGCUGUAA